UCUUAUUUUUGCAAAUGGCGGCCAAUGUCAAAUCUGUUUUGACAUUUGUGAACUAGACAGAUGUAGAAUACAAGUGAACAAGCCAUGGAGCGAUACACUCCCCAACAACGCGGAAUAAUCGUGUCUAUUUUUUUGCGUAACAAUUCGUCUGUGGUGUUGGCGCAGCGCGAAUUCCGUCGCCGAUUCCCCGGUCGUCCGGCACCGACUGCGCAAACACUGCGCCGUUUGGCCACCAACCUUGAAGAGUAUGGGACCACACGAGACGCUGCCAAGAGUGGCCGGCCCCGGAGCGCCCGUUCUGCCGAGAAUAUCGCCGCUGUUGCCGAGGAUGUCGAGCUGUCGCCAGAAACAUCGACCAGACGCCGUGCCUCGCAAUUAGCCAUCAGCCGGUCGUCCCUAAGGCGAAUUUUGGUCAAAGACCUGCGCAUGUUGCCGUACAAAGUCCAGUCCGUGCAUCAGCUGCUGCCUGUCGAUCGCCAAACGCGUGUAACCUACGCCCAAGCCAUCCUCAAUCUCGAGGACGAAGUGGACGAUUUUUCGAGCAAAAUCAUAAUGAGCGAUGAGGCUCAUUUCCACCUCAGCGGGUACGUGAACAAGCAAAACUAUCGCUUCUGGGGCACCGAAAAUCCACGAGUGAUGCACGAGGAGCCAUCACACCCGCUCAAAGUAACUGCAUGGUGCGCUGUUCACGCUGGAGGAGUCAUCGGGCCAGUUUCAUAUUGA